UGCGUGGCACACCAACUUGGGAAACGUUUCUUUGCGUCGCACUCAGCGUCAAAGGAACUAGCCCCCAGUAUACAGCGCUAAAGAAAACCGUUUUCUCUCCCUUCUUUUCAUUUUUUUUUCAUGAUAUGCAUGUAUGAGCCACUGCCGCCGGGUUGUCUUUCCCAGAGUGGCUGUUUGAGAAACAAGCCCUGGCAUGGCGAAUCCAAAGGGAGGAGGGAAUAUGCAAUGCAAUUGGACAUGUUCAUCUUGUUCUUGUUGGUGGUUGAUGAGAUGAAGUCCCAGCAAGAACCCGAUCAACCCCCUGCCCGUACGAUAACGCACGGGAGAGCAACAGUACAGAGCACAUAUGUGACAGGGAUUGGAUAG